AUGGACAUCACGACUAUCCUGAAUAGAAAAGGUUCUGUUGCCUUGGUUGCGGCAGAGGCUCAGUUUCAUCAGCAAUUUCCACAGCCAUCUCAAUUUGAUCCUCGAGACUCGCCGAUGAUGAAAUCGGAACAUGCCGCGGCCCCGACGUUGAAGUCGGAACCGCAACCUGGCGAUCACACCCUGCUGUCAUACCCUCCACAUCCACAGCCGCUCGCCCAGAUUCCCAAUAUGCAUCAAGAUUUGAGAUAUCCCUCACCCACACAUACCAACAGUGCUAUGCCGCUGAUGCAGAACGCAUACUACUCCGGGGGUUUCCCGACCGCUGCUCAAAUACAGGAGAGCGUACAACCUCAGACAAGGCCCGAUCCUCCCCCCAAAACCUUCCACUGCUCGACUUGCAGCAAAGGCUUUGCCCGGCGGAGUGAUCUUGCAAGGCAUGAGAGGAUUCAUUCUGGAAUCAGGCCUCAUGCUUGCGAUUGGCCUGGAUGCGGGAAGCAGUUCAUUCAACGAUCUGCCUUGACUGUGCAUUCGCGCGUCCAUACGGGCGAGAAGCCGCAUAUGUGCGAGAGGUGUGGCAAGCCUUUUAGCGAUUCAUCUUCUCUAGCUAGACAUCGCAGAAUACACUCCGGAAAACGACCCUAUAAAUGUCCCUACGCAAACUGCCAGAAGACGUUCACGCGGCGCACCACCCUGACACGCCAUCAGAAUCACCAUACAGGGACGAUCGAGGAGGCCGCAGCUCAAACAGAGGCCAGUUUGAGGCAGAACAAGGAGAGGGUGAGGAUGCCCGGUGACGGAAUGUUCCCUGAAAACGCUUCGAUUCAAUCGACCCCAUCCCCCGCGCAGGCGGCAACGAUAUCUCCGGGAGGUGAGUUGCCUCCGCUGACAAUGCAUCGAUCUGCUGGCGAUUACUACAUGGGAAGUGGCCCCAUUCCGCCACAUAUACGUGGGGACUUCUCGCAAGGCAGCCCUCGUGUCUCCCCAACUGCCACUUCCCCAUCCUUAUCGAGCUUUGGUAAUGCGCCACUUCCUCGACCAUCUAUGACGUCCCAUCCAACGGGCUAUGGUCCCCCACAACCUCUUGAACCGCCUGCCAAUAACGACCACAGGCCCAACAGUGUUUCGGGCAGUCCUCACAUGACCAGUCUGGGUUGGGCCUCGCCUUCACAUGGAAGCAUUCCGUCUCCAGGCUCUGCCAACGACUUGACGUACCCGGAGCCCAAUGCACCCGCAUAUCCGACCUCCAUGCCGCCUCACAUGUAUUUUCCCAACUCCACAAUACGACGACCCACCAGCACGGAGCCGGAGAACUAUGACAUGAGGCAUAAGAUGGGUGACAACGCUUGGGCCACACCCGUUUAG